AUGGGCUCUUGCCCUCAGGACUAUACUAGGCAGGUCAGGACAAAAGUGGACCAGCUCUCAGUGUGUAGGAGCUUGUUUCCCUCUCUGGGCAAAGACUAUAUAAAAAGUUACAUCACCAAUAAUAAGGUCUCCAAAGAAUCUUCGCACCAACCCUUGCCACCACUGGCAUCAAGCAACCAGAUGCGAAAAAGAAGAGAUGUCAAGGUAAAAGGGAUUCAAACUGGAAGUCAAGUAGGAAAUGUCUGCUUGAAACUGACAAAGCCUCACAUGCCACUGUGCAAAGAGAGCAGGGUCUCCAUUACUGCUGGUGACUUCAAGCCAUCACCUCCAAAGGAGCCCUCAAGACAGAUAGCCCCCCGCUCCAAGUUCCAUAAAGUUAAGAUGGUGGAACAGCCAUCACAGCCUCCACCUAGAAAUGCCUCCCUUUUAAAGGCAUUUAAAUUGGUUUCUAGCGACGAAGGGCGUCAGAAGAUUGAAGGCCUUAAUAUCAUUCAAAACCUCUCAGUAACAAAACCACAGCUGCUAAAUGCUAAUCUAAAGGAUAUCAAAGAAGCUGUGAAUAAGGAGGUAUCAGGUAUAAGGCUGGAUGUCUCUGUGGCUGCAAUUAACUGCAUGGAGAGCUUGUUCUGUCAGCUGAAAAGCAGCAUGUUAGAUGACCAGGAUGAGUGCCUCUUGGGGCUGCUGCUGAAAGCUGGAAAUUCAACCUCCACCAUAA